UUGGGGAGAAUGCCGUUGAAGUAUAACUAUGGGAAAAUGGUGGAUGAUGUUGGGGAACAGGGGCUGUGCGACAAGGGUGGGAAAUUGGUGCUUUGUGAUCAUCAAGAUUUCAAAUGAUGAUGAUGAAAUUGAAAGAUAUAAAAAUGUGGCCUCCGCCGGCAAAUGCUGCAGAUAAGAUGGUUCCGGUGACGAGGCUAGUUGCCGUGGCCAUCGACAAGGAUAGAGGCAGCCAAAUUGCCCUCAAAUGGGCUACCGACAAUCUCCUUAUAAAAGGCCAGACUGUUAUUUUGGUCCACGUCAGACUUAAACAGGGCUCCGGAUCUCCUAUGUCCUCCCCAUGGCCUAACCAUGCGUCUGAAGCUGGUGACGAAAUAGGAGAUGAUCCACAGUUGAAGGAGCUCUUCCUUCCUCUCCGAGUCCUCUGCACACGAAAAGAUAUACAACGCCACGAGGUUGUGCUGGAUGAGGCAGAUGUCACAAAAGCUCUCAUCGACUUUACAAGGCAAAAUGCAAUCGAUAUGUUGGUUCUUGGUGCUACAAAUAAAGGCACCAUCUUCAGAUUUAAAGGCAAAGAUAUUCCUGGAAGUAUACUAAAAAAUGCACCAGAUUUUUGCACGGUUUAUAUCAUCCACAAGGGGAAGAUCUCGUCCACCAGAGCUGCUUCCCGUCCGCCUCCCUCCAGCCAACUCCGUAACCAGAUACUGCUUCAAGCCAGCAUCAAAUAUAACAAUACUGUCGAGCAGAAUUCUUUACAAUCAACCACCAGUGCUAGAAGUUCCUUUUCAGUAAACUCACGCCCCGGAUCUGACCCAUCUCCACGUUCAAGCAGGCUAAGCGACUCCGCCUUCAAGUCUCCAUUCACUGCCCGAAGAGGUCUCAACGGAAGAGCUUAUGACAUCUCUCCACCAGAUACAGAUAUUUCCUUUGUCAGCUCACGGAGAAGUGUGGAUGUAUUCCCUACUUUCGGUGAUAGCUUUGAUGGCGGCCCUACACCUCCCCGCCUUUCUGAAUUCUCUGAUGCGGAUCAAGGCUUUGAUUCCUGGAACCUCGGACGCAAGUCAGUAGACAUUUUGUCCCCAAGAGAUUUCGCUUCACCUGAAAAUGAUAAAGGCUUUGCUCCACAAAAUAUGGAUGAUGUUGAAGCUGAAAUGAGAAGGUUAAAGCAGGAGCUCAAGCAAACAAUGGAUAUGUAUAGCACUGCAUGCAAAGAAGCACUCACAGCAAGGGAGAAGGCGAAAGAGCUGCAGCGAUGGAAAUUGGAAGAACAGAGGAGGUUAGAAGAGGCGCGAAUCGCUGAAGAAACAGCUUUGGCUCUUGCAGAGAAAGAAAAGGCCAAGUCUAAGGCAGCACUGGAGCAUGCUGAAGCCGCUCAAAGGAUAGCGGAGUUGGAAGCUCAGAAGAGAAUCACUGCAGAAAUGAAUGCCUUGAAAGAGGCAGAAGAUCAGGGUAGGGCUAUUCAGGCUGACUGCAGGUAUAGGAGGUACACAAUCGAGGAGAUUGAGCUUUCUACCGAGUAUUUUUCAGAGUCAAGAAAGAUUGGAGAAGGAGGUUAUGGGCCGGUUUACAAGUGUAAUUUGGACCAUACUCCUUGUGCAGUCAAGGUUCUUCGCCCUGAUGCCACUCACGGGAGAUCACAGUUUAAUCAAGAGGUUGAGAUUCUGAGUUGCAUACGACACCCGAACAUGGUCCUACUUCUAGGCGCCUGCCCGGAGUAUGGCUGCCUAGUGUAUGAGUAUAUGUCCAACGGAAGCUUAGAAGACCGUCUAUUCCAGCGUGGGAAGACUCCACCUUUGUCUUGGCAGCAUAGGUUCCGGAUUGCUGCUGAGAUUGGGACUGGCUUGCUUUUCCUCCAUCAAACCAAACCCGAGCCUCUGGUGCACCGUGAUAUGAAGCCUGCUAACAUCCUACUUGACCGCAACUUUGUGAGCAAGAUCAGUGAUGUCGGCCUGGCCAGGCUCGUCCCUCCAUCCGUAGCUGACUCUGUCACUCAAUACCUGAUGACAUCCACUGCCGGGACCUUCUGCUACAUUGAUCCUGAGUAUCAGCAAACAGGCAUGCUUGGUGUGAAAUCUGAUAUAUACUCCCUAGGGAUAAUUUUUCUACAGAUCCUCACCGGCAAGCCCGCCAUGGCAUUGGGCCAUCACACUAAAAGAGCUGUCAACCAAGGGACGUUCGCUGAGAUGCUCGAUCCAUCUGUGCCGGAUUGGCCUUAUGAAGAAGCCUUAUCUCUUGCCAAGAUAUCGCUCAGGUGUGCUGAGCUUAGGAGGAAAGACCGGCCGGAUCUUGGGAAAGACGUGCUCCCGGAGCUGAACAAGCUCAGAGACCUUGCAGAAGAUUCGUAUUCGGUGCCACAGAGCAGGCAUUCUCCCUGCCAUAGUCGAGUUUCCAUUUCCAAAGAGGAUUUGAGUCACCAUUCAUCUUCAACAUCAAGCAUGGGGAGCUGAAUCGAGGGUAGUAAAGAGAAGUGUUAAUACAAGAUCAACACUGCUGUUUUUUUAUUCAGUGAAUGCUUUGAUUUUAUGUAAAGAUUUUAGGUUUCACGAGGCAUGAUGCGAUCGUGCCUGCCCCGUGAGGUUCUUGUUUCCUUCAGGCUUGAUGGAGAGAGCCGGGAGAGGAUGGACAAGGCCAGUUUUUUGAAACAUUUUCCUUUUCAACAUCUGAAGUUAUUGUUUUUAUGUUGUCUAUAUUCUGCAAAACAAAAAUAGCUUUUACUAUGUUAGAGAAUGAGAGAACUCAUUUUUAUGGUUUUUUCAUUUUUCAUUAAAGUGUAGUUUCUACAGCAAA